AUGAAUUCUAAGCAACCUAUUUCGGUGAUUAUUAUCAAGGAACCCGGGACUAUUCAAAGGCCACGCUAUUGGUUAGAAAUUAAACGCACCACACACGGUCCAAUGAGAGAUCCGCCAAUACUCCGGUUUUCAAAUUAUAGGGGUCCUGCUGUCGUUAUUGCUAUGCCUAUAGCGAGUACAGAGGAGAGAUUUCCUUCGCCCCAUCCUAAUAAACUUAUUGUUGUUGGUGGCCUAGAAAAUGACCAAAGCGUUUUCACCUUAAAUGAGGACGGCCGGAUGAUGCCAAUAACUUCUAAUUCCAAGGCUCCUGUACAUGCUCUUAUUAGACAAUUUGAAGUGGAUGGAAAUCAUAAUAUCGAUUACGAAUUCGGUAACAUAGCUUUCGUUCGAAUCCAUUCAAGGAAACCUAAAAAUCAUGAUGAGAAGUGGCUGCCAGAUAGUAUCGCAGAAAAGACCAAUUUACUAUCUAAGUUCAUUUUAGGUAUCGGGUUAAGACCAUAUCUGGAAUCAAAAUUUAUGGUGGUCAAUCCUGAAAUUAGUGAUGAUGAAUUAUUAAAAAAUUUUGUUGUGAGGCAAACCGGUAACGAGAACGAUAUGCAAUACCAAAAAUUUAGAUUGUGUUUCUUUGUCUAUCCUGGCCGUAUAGAGGAAUUUUAUUCCAUCAGACAUCUUUUGAGUUAUAUAAAAACAAAACCUUUAAUACGAAAUGACAGUCCCCGAUUUGUCAUAAACGAUAUUUGUCCCAAUACCGGUCUUAUAUCUAAAAGCUGCGAAGUUAUGAUCACAAUAAAAGAGUUGAUAGGACUUGAUAUUGGGCCGUACGAUAUUAUGAUUAAGUAUAUUUCAGAAGAGCGACAACUUGAUAAUAUACCUCAAGAAUUUAAAAUCGAUAUAGAACAUAUUAUUACAUGGCAAGAUUCGUCAAUUCAGUCGAUACCUGACGCGGGCUGUUUAAUAUUUCGAAUGCCAAUUUAUGAAUGCUCUUCUGAUUCGUGGGGGAAUUCUUUACCAGAACUAAAAAAAGUAAGGGCUAAGAUUGUAGAUUAUCGUGGAAAUGUUCCGUGA